AAAAUCUAAACAAAGCGUUACUUCCUGUUAAAAAACGCACGUUGGCAGUUCAGGUUGUGCACAGCUAUUUCAUGCGACAGCUUUUGUUGAAGAUGGCCUCGCCCUUGUCUCCCCGGCUAUUCAGCUUAAUGAAAGCUCGGCGACCAAGCUGACACCAUCCUCAUACAGCUGCGGAAUCAGAUCAACCUCCUCAAGGCAGCUGCAGUGUCCCAGUCAUGCAAAGGAGAGGAAGAUAUCCUGAGAGAACAAAAUGAGAAGUUGAAAAAUGAAAUAAAUCAGAUCAAGACCCAGCUUGUCAUGGCAGAAAUAAGAAAUGGAGUGAGACAAGUUGCCCUCCCCCCAAAGAGAGCAAUGUCAACAAGUGCAGGGGAGGGUAAUAGUGCCCCACCCCCAUCAGCAACCCCUGCUGCUGAACCAGCAUCUGCCCCUGCCCCUGGCCCAGCAAAGGUGAAGAAGGGUGAGAAACUAGAGAAGAAGAAACCAGAAAAGAAAGAAGGUGAGGCUAAGGGGAAGAAGGGGAAGGGAGCAGCUGAAACAGAGCCUGAGAAGAUGGACGUCUCAAGACUGGACCUGAGAGUUGGCAAGAUCCUGUCUGCUGAGAAGCACCCUGACGCAGACUCUCUUUACGUGGAGGAUGUGGAUGUGGGCGAGGAAAAGACCCGGACUGUGGUGUCUGGCCUUGUCAAGCAUAUUCCCCUAGAACAGAUGCAGAAUCGUAUCGCUGUGUUCAUGUGCAAUCUGAAGCCGGCCAAGAUGCGGGGGGUCCUGUCGCAAGGGAUGAUCAUGUGUGCCAGUUCUGCAGACAAGGUGGAGAUCCUGGAGCCACCCCCCGGAGUGCAGCCAGGGGACAGGGUCACCUUUGAAGGCUAUCCUGGUGACCCAGAUGCCCAGCUGAACCCCAAAAAGAAAAUUUGGGAGACGCUGAAACCAGACAUCCGCACUGACAACAACAAAGUAGCCAACUAUAAGGGUGCACCUUUUAAAAUCGAGGGCAAGGGAAUCGUCAAGGCUCCAACGCUAGCUGAUGCCCAGAUAUCUUAAAUGGAUAUUUUCAAACAGAUAAGCUGAACAUUAAAUGGUUUCAUUUGUACAGAUUGACAAGACUGGGAACAGUUCUGGUGACAAUAUGCUCCCUAUGUGUUCGACUCAAUUGUAAAUAAAAUAUCAGAUUAUG